AUGUCGCCUCUGCCCCUCACCCUGCGCGUCAGAGAUGUGCACCGCUUCCGCAUGGUCAUAUUAACUUCUGGUAUGCAGCACCACAAAAAAAGUGAUGUUUACAAGAUUCUCAGGCCAUUGCUUCAAGAAGGUCUUCUAGUUAGCAACGGUCCCAAAUGGCUAAAACGCCGCAAGAUUCUGACAUCGGCAUUCCACUUUAACGUGCUAAAAAAAUAUUUCGCAACAAUACAGGAUAAUGAUAAAGCACUGGUUGAAUAUUUGAAAGACGCAGGUGGCAAUCCAGUAGAUAUCAUUUCAACUGUAUCCGGGUACACACUAAAUACUAUUUGCGAGGCCACAAUGGGAAUAAGCUUAAGAGGAGAGGUAACCAAUAAGAGCGCUAUAUAUAAAACGGCUAUAUAUAAAAUCACAAAAUAUAUCACAUAUCGAUUUUCAAAUGUCUAUUUACACUCAGAUUUCAUUUUCAACAUGACGAGGCUCGGUAAGAGCCAGAAUAAGAUUUUGAGUGUAGUCCACGAUUUGACAACGAGCAUUAUACAGCAAAGAAAACAAUCCAUCAACGCCGAAGAAGUAAGCACAAUAGAAGCCAAUGAGGGUGAAUACUUGGGAAAGAAGAAUAGAGCCGCCAUGUUAGAUUUGUUAAUAUCCAAACAAAACGAAGGUUUGAUCGAUGACGUUGGUAUCGAGGAAGAAGUCAAAACAUUCAUGUUUGCAGGUCAUGAAACAACAGCGGCUUGCCUAAUAUAUACGUUGUUAUUAUUAGCAAUUCACCCUGACGUGCAAAACAAGGUUAUAGAGGAGGUCGAUUACAUCUUCGGAAAGGACACUCGAGAUGCAACUUUGGAAGAUUUGUCUGCGAUGAAAUAUCUCGAUUUGGUUAUAAAAGAAUCUAUGCGUCUAUACCCACCGGUGAAUUUUAUUAUGAGGCAAACGACCCAGCCCUGUAAACUAAGCAAUUUUGACAUACCAGCGAACACGAUGUGCGCGAUCCACAUCUACGACUUGCACCGCGACGAAAAGAUCUACCCGGAGCCGGACAAGUUCCGCCCGGAACGAUUCCUGCCGGAGAACAGCGCGGGGCGACACAACUUCGCCUUCAUACCCUUCAGCGCCGGGCCCAGGAACUGCAUCGGUCAAAAGUUCGCAAUGAUGGAAAUGAAGUCGUUACUGUCGUCUAUAUUCAGGCGCUUCGACGUUGCUCCGGUCACAAAAAUAAGCGAUAACUUGAGUUUCUCCGUCGAUUUAGUUUUAAGAACGACAGAUCCCGUUUACGUCAGAUUUAUAGAGAGAGGUCUGCAUUCAAUUCACUAA